CUUGAACCAGACAUUGAUUGCAUGGAACUGAACGAGCUCGCGUCGAAUCCACCAGCGCGGGCGCCCGGCUAUGACCCAGAGCGGCAGCUGCCCGCGCCGGCCCCAACCGAGCCCGUGGCGGCGCGCGGGCCCGAGCAGCACUCGUCGUCGACGGCGUUCCUCGACGGCCUGCGCGGCCUGGCCGCCUUCUUCGUCUUCAUCCAGCAUACGAUCGGCAGCUUCGACUACAACGCGCACGAGCACGGGUUCGGCGAGGCGGGGCAGCACUGGUACGUGGCCAGCCUGCCGUUCGUGCGCAUCCUCUUCAACGGCGGCGGCGCCGCCGUGGCCAUCUUCUUCGUGCUGUCGGGCUACGUGCUGAGCCGGUCGCCGCUGCGUCUCGUGCGCGACGGCAAGCCGGACGCCUGCUUCGGCAGCCUGGCCUCGGCGGUGGUGCGGCGGCCCAUCCGGCUUUAUGCCCCGCCGCUGGCCGUCACGCUGGCCUUCGCGCUGCUGCUGCACGCGCCCUUCCACCUCGUGCAGGAGCUGCCGUGGCCGAAGCGGAAGGACGACGUCUUCCUGGAGGUGAUGAACUGGGUCGUUGAUUCCGUCCACUUCUUCAACCCGUUCCGGGCCCACUCCAACGAGGCGUGGUUCACCUACAGCAUCGUGGUGUGGACGAUCCCCAUCGAGCUGAAGGGGUCGAUGCUGGUCUACGGCCUGUCGGCGCUGCACGCUCUCGGCUGGCUGCCGGCUCCCAGAAGCGUGCUGGUCUGGUCGAUCGCGGCCGCCGCGCUGCUCCAGACGGGCUUCUGGACCAUGGCCUGCUUCAUCGGCGGGCUGAUCCUCGCAUGCCUGGACGUGUGCGCGCUGGACAGGUCCUUCCUCUCCCGCCACUGCGACGCCCGGCGACUCCUCCCGGUGGCGCUUCACCACGCCGCCUUCCUCCUGGGCUACUACCUCCUCUGCCAGCCGGCGCACGACGGCAAUCCCGAGUACUCGCUCCACACGCCCGGGUGGCAAACGCUGACGCGCCUGAUCCCCCGCGCCUACAGCAAGAACCAGUACUACCGGUAUUGGAACUCCUGGGGCGCGCUGCUGCUCGUCUUCGCGGCGCUGCGCAUCCCCUGGCUGCAGCGCCUCCUCCGGACGCGCCCGCUGCGCUACCUCGGCCGCGUCAGCUUCAUGUUCUACCUCGUCCACCUGCCGAUGCAGUACAUGGUGGGCGACCGGCUGGCCAGGGCGCUCGGCCACGUGCCGCUGUUCGCGCCCGCGGACUCGUCGUCGUGGUGGGACGACCGGCUGCGCGUGCCCGACGUCGGGCCGCCCGGGUUUAACUCGCGCUUCUUGCUGGCCACUGCCGUCAUGCUGCCGCUCAACCUGGUUGUGGCGGAUUUCUUGACGCGGGCGUUGGAUGUGCCCUGCGUGCGGCUGGGGAAGCGGCUGGUGCAGCGGCUUGGGCUGGAGAAGAGAGUGGCGAGCAGACAAGGGAGCGACGGGUAACCUAAGGAUACUUAUCCGUUUAGAUGUGCCUUUUUCUUCUCAUUUCGUUUCCAAAGAGCGGCCAUCACUUGUAGAGACAAAGCAAGUAGAGUUCUGAUCCUGUUUUUGGAGCCUGAAUAUAAUUACUCGGUUCGGCAGCCCCGGUGGCCAUUCCGCACCAACUCCAAUACAUAUUCAAACCCCAAGCAAACCACCACCAAGAAGUUCCGUGGCCAUCGACUACUACCUGUCUUCCUCCGUCAACAGUCCGAGGAGGGUCAAGUAGUCGAUAGACCCACAACCUGGAAGCUUGCCUACCAUCCAUUGGUCUUUAUCGCGUUCUUAACCCCGAGUCCAAAGUCCGAAGUCCGGGAUCGUGUGAACGGAAGC